ACGACGCCAACCAUGAGCAACAACGAGGAUGCCGCCAUUAGCGACCUGUGCCGCAAGAUUGAGCGCGAGAAGACGCUGAUUGCAGGCUUCAACUCUAUGCGACAGGCCACAAACAACAGCCAAGUCAACUCGCGUAUCGACUCGCAGGUUCGCGAUGCCCAGAGGAACCUCAAGUACUUCGAAAAGACGCUGCAAGACCUGCAGUCUCGUAAGCUGGGCGAUCAUGUGUCCAACAUGAAUCUCAACAACGACGCAGGCCCGCCGGCGCACUCGCACCAGCACGACCAACAAGACCCCGGCAGCUACGGAGCCCCCGGUCCCGGCGGAUACAGUGAGGGUGGCGGCAAUGGCCUCAUGCCCCUCGCGCUCCCUACGCCCCGCCCGCCCCCGGCCAAUCCGGCCUUAAGAACANGACCCAACUACAGCCGGCUGGACCUCAUCAAGGCCGAAACACCUCAUCUCGGCCCACGCAUUCAGCUCAUGCUGUCACAACUCGAGUUCAAGCUCAGCGUUGAGAAACAGUACAAGGAUGGUAUCGAGAAGAUGGUACGCUUGUACCAGCUCGAGGGAGACCGCAAGAGCAGGGCAGAGGCCGAGGGCCGUCGCAUCGAGAGUAGCCAGAAGAUCCACCUUCUCAAGCAGGCUCUGAAGCGCCACGAGGACUUGCACGUCGCCGACAUCAGUACCGACAUGCAAGACGACGACAGCUUGAACAUCCCCAGUCAGCGCAAGCCCCUCAGCGGAUACCUGUCCAUUCGCAUCCAGGCCAUUGCCGACGUCGAUCAUGCCGCGACGGGUAGAUUCUCGCGCGGACCCGAGACUUUUGUCAUCCUUAAAGUCGAGGACAGCUUCAAGGGCCGCACCAAGGCCACACGAACGGACCGCUGGACCGACGAGCAACACGACUUUGACAUCGACAAGGCCAACGAGAUCGAGCUAACAGUGUAUGAUAAGGCCGGCGAACAUCCCAUGCCGAUUGGUAUGCUGUGGGUGCGCAUCUCGGACAUUGCGGAGGAGAUGCGUCGCAAGCGUAUCGAGACCGAGGUUAAGAACUCUGGCUGGAUCUCUGCAGACCACAUGGGCGACUCGGGCCCACGUCCUGACAUGCAGUUCUCUCCUCCUCCUGGAAGCUCAGGUGCCGGUUCAGCACACGCCGGUCAGCAAGGGCCCUCUGGUGGCUUUGGAGGCGGUCCAGCACCUUUGACCAACCCUGUUGUCAUUGACGAUUGGUUCUCGCUCGAGCCCGUCGGCAAGAUCAAGCUGAAUUUGAGUUUCGGUACGUUGCUCCUCUCUCCCAUUCUGUCUACAAAACUAACAAACCCUANNGUCAAACAAACCCGCGAACGCAGACCAUUCGACGUUGGACUUGGGCGCAAGGGCGCUGUCCGUCAGCGCAAGGAAGAUGCAGUCGAGCAGUACGGACACAAGUUUGUGCAGCAGACCUUCUACAACGUCAUGCGCUGUUCGCUGUGCGGCGACUUCCUCAAGUACACGGCUGGUAUGCAGUGCUCAGACUGCAGAUUGACAUGCCACAAGAAGUGCUACCCAAGCGUCGUCACAAAGUGUAUCAGCAAGUCCAACGCCGAAUCCGACCCCGACGAGGAGAAGAUCAACCACCGCAUUCCCCAUCGUUUCGAGGCCUUCUCCAACAUGGGUGCCAACUGGUGCUGCCACUGCGGUUACAUGCUGCCUCUUGGAAGAAAACAAGCUCGCAAGUGUACCGAGUGUAGUUCUACCUGCCACAACAACUGCAUUCACUUUGUUCCAGACUUCUGCGGCAUAUCCAACGAAAAAGCCAACGAGAUUCUGGGAGAGAUUCGCAGAGCUACCAAGGGCCGCCAGGGCACCAGCAUGUCAGAGCGCAAGUUGCGUCCUGGUACAGCAAACAGUGUUAGGCCCGCAGCUCAACCCUCUCAGCCUUCGUUCAUGCCCACGCCCACUCACCAGGACCAGACUCUAAACCCCCAGGACAGACCGCUUUCCUACGGCAAAGACCGCAUGUCGGACGCUUACGAUGCUCCUCCUCGAAACUCGCAGUAUAAUACUACUCCGGCCGCUUCCUCGGUUGAUGCUGCUCGUGCAUCUUUCGCCGCUCCCCCAUCUCCUCAACAACCCGAAGCUCGUCCACCGCCCGCUCACCGCCAGUAUUCGUCUCAAUCCGCUGCAGCUGCCGCAGCUGCCGCUCUGUCAGGCAAGCGUUCGUCUGCUGCAGAGCAACGAAUCCCUCCUUACAACCGCUCCUCUACCGAUUACCAGAAGCAGCAACAGCAGGCGCAACAACAACAACAGCAGCAACCGAGUCAAAGAAGCUCCACCGCGUCAAGCAGUGCCGAUCAGUAUCCUCAGCAGAGAAACUCUCAGCCACAGCCUGCCGGCUACAACCCAGCAGACUAUGCUGCUGUUAGUGGCUUCCCAGUCCAGCCCCUCCAGCAACCUCCUCAANCAAGCUCAACCCCUCGCCAGCAAUACCCUCCAGCCUCAGCUCAAAGUCCUCCCUCUACCACUAACCCCACAUCACCACCGGCCAAGACCGCGACAUCCAUGGGACCUCCUGCACGAAAGACUCAAGGUGGCAACAUCCGUGUUGGCCUCGAUCACUUCAACUUCCUCGCUGUGCUUGGUAAGGGUAACUUCGGUAAGGUCAUGCUUGCCGAGACGAAGCAGUCCAAGCAAUUAUAUGCUAUCAAGGUUUUGAAANAGGAGUUCAUCAUUGAAAACGAUGAAGUUGAGAGCACGAGAUCGGAGAAGCGUGUCUUCUUGAUCGCUAAUAAGGAGAGGCAUCCUUUCCUUACCAACCUUCAUGCUUGUUUCCAGACUGAGACCAGAAUUUACUUCGUCAUGGAGUAUAUCAGUGGUGGUGAUUUGAUGUUGCACAUUCAACGUGGCCAAUUCGCGCGCCCAAUUCUUCUUGAUAAGAAAUACGGCCGUGCUGUCGAUUGGUGGGCCUUUGGUGUUCUCAUCUACCAGAUGCUUCUUCAACAAUCUCCGUUCCGUGGAGAAGACGAAGACGAAAUCUACGAUGCCAUUCUGGCAGACGAGCCUCUCUACCCCAUUCACAUGCCGCGCGACUCGGUAUCGAUUCUUCAGAAGCUCCUCACCCGCGAACCCGAGCUCCGUCUUGGCAGUGGACCAACAGAUGCUCAAGAGAUCAUGAGCCAUCCUUUCUUCAAGAACAUCAACUGGGAAGACAUCUACCACAAGCGCGUACCUCCACCAUUCUUGCCCACCAUCAAGGGCAAGGCUGAUACCAGCAACUUCGAUUCCGAGUUCACAAGCGUCACUCCUGUCCUCACGCCUGUACAAUCCGUCUUGACCCAAGGCAUGCAAGAAGAGUUCAGAGGAUUCUCAUACACCGCCGAUUUUGUAUGA